AAUGAGCUGGAAUCAGAUGUCCUACAACAGAUUGCACAGUAAACACGCAUGGAUAUGCAGAGUGCGAACUUUAAUUGGGUAGCCUAUUUGCACAAUAUAUAAACCUUUGGAUUAUGCGAUAAAAUAUCCCGCAGAGAACAAUUAUCUAUCACCCGAUUGAAUGCCUGAGCGAAUUCAGAGUGGGACCAGAGAAAGAGGGGAGUUUCUCAUACACUUUUAGCUGGAGGACUGCGGCUGGAAAGAGUCUCUCUGUUCUAUAGAAUGCUGGAGAGAUUCUGUGUAGCACCCCCUUGUGUGGUGGAGGAAUGACGACGCCCCUUCGAUGAGAGCCAUGGAGCUGAAAGUGUGGGUGGAUGGAGUGCAGCGGAUCGUAUGUGGCGUCACAGAGCACACCACAUGCCAGGAGGUGGUCAUUGCCCUGGCCCAGGCCAUUGGGCGUACUGGCAGGUACACGUUGAUCGAGAGAUGGCGGGAGACGGAACGCCACUUGGCCCCGCAUGAAAACCCUGUGGUGUCCCUCAACAUGUGGGGCCAGUAUGCCAGCGACGUGCAGCUGGUUCUCCAGCGCACCGGCCCCUCCCUCAGCGAAUGUCCCAACUCCGACGGCGCAUCCCGUGUGCCCGAGCGCGGCCUCUACCGCCAGAGCCUGCCUCCUCUGGCCAAGCUGCGCCCAUCGGCCAAUGACCGCUCGCUCAAGCGUCGGGAGCCCAAGCGUAAGUCCCUCACCUUCACGGCCAAGGGCUUGAGGGAUAUUUUUGGGAAGGGCAGAGAUGCCGAGGCCAAGCAGCAGCAGAGAGCACUGAACCAGGGCAGGGGGGUGGUGUCUGUGCCCCUCAGUCCAGCCCGGGAGCUGUUGCGCCUGGUCCAGCUGCAGAAGGACAAGCUCCAGCUACUGGAGAGCAGGCUGCAGGGCUCCGAGGCAGAGCUACAGGGCUGUGAGAGUGGUGAUGUUGGCAUGUGCAUCGAGGGUCAGGAGGGAAUUGGCGUGCUGGAGGAGGAGCUGGUGCGUCUGGAGCAGCAGCUGCGGAGGAAUGAGGUGGAGAUGUCCGAGGAGGAGUUCUGGCAGAACGAGCUGCAGAUCGAGCAGGAGAGCGAGCGGCAGCUGAGGGAGCAGCUCCAGGAGCUGAUUGGACGGGUGCGGGAGUGUGAAGCCCGACUGGGGGAGUACCUGACCCGUAUCCAGAGCAUGGAGGCUGGCCUGGAACAGGAGACUGAGCAGAGCAGGCAGGUGGACGAGGAGGAGGCCUGGGCCCAGCUGGGGAAGGUCAGGGCGGAGCUGGAGCAGCAGGUUCAACACAGAGUGCAGCUGGAGAGCAGCAGCAGGGCUGUGGACCGCUCACUGGGACAGUCCAGCAAGAAACUACAGGAGAAGGAGCAGGAGUUGGAGCAGUUGACCAGGGAGCUGAGACAGGUGAACCUUCAGCAGUUCAUCCAUCAGACUGGCACCAAGGUCAGCGUUCUACCAGCCCAGCCCAAUGACCAGGAGAAUAACACAGACCUCCAAUCAGGCUUGCUGAAACGUCUGGGCUCCUCCCGCCUCCUCCCUAGCGACCUCCGAGCUCUGCAGAGUCCAGUGUCUUCAGGCCUCAACCCUGAGGGCAUCUACGUCUGACCCCUGACCUUUACCUUCUGCUGCCUACCAUCAGUGACCCUCUGCUGGAGUUCAAUGUAAUGGCUGGAAUGGAAUAAAUGGAAUGGUACCAAACACAUGGAAACAACCAUUACAAUGAGCACUUGCGCUGGCAGCUCAUCCCCUAGCCUCCUCUGAUCUCCACCCUGUCCUCCCACAAUGCCAUCCUUCCCCUUCUCUCUGCUGCGUUUCCUCCAUCUUCCAUGAGAACACACAGAGACCCCCAACAGUUUUGUCAAGACUAUAGGAUUUAGAAUGUUUGCCUCGUUUUGGCUGUUCUGCCACUGGUAGAUAGCUGGAGAGCUCGACCAUGUUCUUGCUAUGCUUUUCAAACAGUCAUGCAUCUUUUGAGGUACAGAAGGCCCAAUUUCAAACAGAACGUUUUAGCCUCACCUCUGUGCACUUCUCUAUUUCCUCUCGAAGACCUACAAGGACUGAGUAGAUGCGAGAAAUAUGGUAUUAACACCACCUAGCACUCUGUUACCUUCAUAUAGCAAGCUAAUGGACUAGUAAAGUGCACAAUCACAGUCAUGUGAUGACUUAACUAAAGAGUCCACUGCUGCCCGUGGCCCUGGCCAACCAUGAGGAAAUCCAGCUGUUUGUAGGGGUUGAGACUAAAGAAAGUCCCUUGGAGAUCAUGCGAUAUAGAGGAAAUUAAAAUAUCUUCUGACAACCAUGAUUUACAAAGACAGAGGUCUCAAAAGUCUAUUGGCCAUUUGUUACAGAAACAGAAUGGGUCAGAAAACCAUAUUUUACACAGAUAGGCCACCUUGUGUGAGACCUGUGGUGUGUAGCAGAGCCAUAUCUGACUGCCUUAAAGACUUUAAGAACAGUAAAGGCUGUUAUAACAGAUACUUGUAGUCAUGGCAGCUAUGCUCCAGAGAUCUGAUGCACCAUUUAUGGUCAACACAGCAGUCUAGUGACUAAUUGUUGAUCAGUUUUGUGAUUUUUUUUAUUUUUGUGACUGAUGUCAAUAGCUGUAUAAUCUGGUCUGCCACUGGGUGGCAGAAUACAUCUCAUAAAAGAUUUCGCUAGGAUCUUAAUAUUGGUCAUUUCAUAUUGAUUAUACUUGCAAAAAUAUUACAUUAUGCAAUUUAUGUGGUUACUCACUUUCAUCAUUGGUAUCGUUUAGUAUGCUGUAAGUUUACCGUUGCACUUUUACUUUGAAAGGGCCUGUAGAAUUUGUACUUACCACUUAGUUUUUAGAGAUAAUGUCUUGUUUGUGUUGUGGUUUUCUUUUAUCAUUUGUAACCUUUUGAAUAAUUGUUGGUUUGUCUAUUGUCUUACAUGGCUAAUAAUUUUUCUGAAGUUAAAAAGAUGUCUCACAUGAACCAAAGCAAGUUAGACAAUGUGAUUGGUGGCGGUCAACCUGAAUGUACUUAAUUUGUUAAAACAUAACGUGCUCUGUAAAUACCUUUACAGGGGCCACUGUAUCUGCCUCCACUUUAAAAGUGAUGCAUUUGUAAUGGAGAGAGUUAUUGGACUGUGAAUGUAUCUGUCAAUAGAUCGAACUCCACUCUGUGGCUCUUCAGCCUUGUGGAGAGAGGACUGUGUGAGAUAAAAGGUUGUUAUUUGGUUGUGGACUAGUUGAUACCAGGGAACCCCACCAACAGCAAAGCCGGUGGAGAGGACUGUGUGAGAUAAAAGGUUGUUAUUUGGUUGUGGACUAGUUGAUACCAGGGAACCCACCAACAGCAAAGCCGGUGGAGAGGACUAUGUGAGAUAAAAGGUUGUUAUUUGGUUGUGGACUAGUUGAUACCAGGGAACCCCACCAACAGCAAAGCCGGUGGAGAGGACUGUGAGAUAAAAGGUUGUUAUUUGGUUGUGGACUAGUUGAUACCAGGGAACCCACCAACAGCAAAGCCGGUGGAGAGGACUGUGUGAGAUAAAAGGUUGUUAUUUGGUUGUGGACUAGUUGAUACCAGGGUACCCCACCAACAGCAAAGUCGGUGGACGCACGUCAAGGUCAUUAGACGGACCUAAAGCUCGUUCCAUUCAGUAUUAUUGAUGUCCUAGUUUGGAUCAUGAAGGGUUGAGCUGUGUCGCCAAAAUGUAACCCACUAACACAAGAACAAUGGCGCUUAACAACGUACACAGCAUAGACUAUUAGCAUGCCUUACUGAAUUGUAAAUAAUCACUACAUAGUAUUGGAAUAUUUUUACAAUAUUUAAAAUAAUGCAUAAUGCUGACAAAGACAAUAGUUGUACAUAAUAUGAAUUAACUUUGGUUUUAUCCUGCUACUCUGUGGACAGCUUGAUGCAUGCACUGAUGGCUUGGUUUCAUUGAUGUUUUUGUAUUGUUGAAAUGACCAGAGGCUUACGAUGAUAGUGGAGUUAUAAGUAUGGAAGUAUAAUGUUUAUCACAGUGCAUGGCUCUGUCUCCUGCGAUGCCAUGUCUUGGUCCCAGACCAGUGCAUUCACUCGAAUAUGUCAGAGGACACCGAAAUGCAAACUGUAAACAAAUAGGGUUUUUAAACCCUAAAAAGUGCCCCAUCUUUUGGUGGUUAUUAGACACAGCCUACGAAUAAAGGCCCAAAGUUGCAGGGUCGUUUCACAUCAAAAAGCACGAGGAUUUCGAUACCCACUAUCUCAGGUUUUUCUGAAAUUGUGUCUGUAGUGAGUAACAGAUACGAUAUGCAUUCCUGAAACAUUAUUUUGAUUAAAUUCUAUUUCAAUAAAAUAAUGUUUUAAGAAUGCCAAUCUUACCUGUUUCUAACAAACUAUUUCUGAACAAUCUGAGAUGGUGGGUGUCAUUGCUCGCUGAAAUGACAUGGAAUGACUGCACUGAAAUCUUUUAGGACUGUUCUUAAAUGUUGCACCAACUGAGUAUGGUGUUCUCAGAAGUCUUUUGGGCCUGUCUUCGUAAACAUGACUAUAAUCAACGGUUUUCUAGACACAGAUUAAGGGCUGGAUUCAAUCUGUAGCGCUCUAGCGCAAUUGAAAUGUUUAUAUAAUUUUUGAUUGAGCCGACAUAUGCAGCGUUUACCAUGAAUGCGGUCUCCACGAACGCGGGAACAUUGCCUUUACAUUUCUAUUGUGCAGCAAAAGACAGUAACGAAAGCAUAAACUGCUUCUCCAAAAGAAAUACCUGCCCAGACUUGUAGGCGAUGUCAUGACAACGUUGGAAACACGUCAUCGGGUCAUUUCACACCAUACUGCGCAUGUGCAGGUCUCCAAUCAAAGGCGCAAAAAUGAAAACGUGUCAGUUUGUCACUUUCACGAGGUUGGAGUAAUAACAUGUUCAAUUUCUUAAAAUAUUGUCUCGAAGCUAGGUUGUGCCUUUAAAUUGAGAACUAAUUGAUAAUUUUUCACUUCUCUCAUUGACUUCUCAAACCCCAGCCUGGUUUGCUUGGUGUGUUUCGCAAGCUUUCCCGGAAGUCUCUGGGUUUAGAAACUCUGUGGCGCAGCUUUUCAGCGGUACGGAUUAAAUCCAGCCAUAAACCUAGUUUUAGAUUGAGAUGGACGUUCAAUAGAGAAUCUCCCGUGAACACAGUUUAUAGCCUAGGACUAGGCUGACGAUAUGUCCGGGAAACCAGCCCAAAGAGUAAAUGAUUGGAAGGAAGUUCUGCCAACAUUUCGACGGAGCUGUCAUGUAUGAGAAUGACAUGUUCUACUUCUUUUUCCCCACAAACAUCUGAGAGAAAUGACUUUGCCACAUCCAUGAUAUCAUUGUAAUAAACUGAUAUAUGAAAUGCUUAAUA